AACACCAUGCAUAUCAUCUCAAUUUUUUUAUUAAUGUUGAAAAUUGGGUUUUGUUACAAAUCUCAAGAAGUUCAGCAUGGAUCUGACGUGUCUUUGCGAUGUGACGUUCCUCUCCUGUCUAAAUCCUCCACAUUGCACUGGGAGAAAGAUGGAGAACAAACACCCAACACCACUCUGAUGUACAACAACUCUGCCUACAUCAUCUUACACACUGUUGAUGAACGCAGUAAAGGGGAAUAUUACUGUAGAUUGAUGAAAGAUGGAAGAGUACAAACUGUUAGGAUUCAGACUCUUAACGUUACUCCAUAUUCACAGAAUAAAAGGCAUGCAAUUUACAGGCAAAGUGCCAAUAAUAGUGGUGUAUCACUGAUCUGCAAGUCUAAAAAGAACUACCACAGGUUAAGGUGGACAUGGGAACAGAGACCUAAUUCACAGACUGAUCUGAUAGCUGUAGAAAAAGGAAGAGAAGUUCAAAUAAAAGGACCAAUUAAACCAGGAAGAAAUUCUUCUACUACAUACACUGGUCAAUUUUUUAUCUUUCACAUCUCACCUGUGAACUUCAAUUAUAGUGGGACAUACAGGUGUAUUACUGAAACAACAAUCUACACAACCACAAUGCUACGCACCAUCAGAGUCUCGAUGGAGCCCCCUGAUGGUGUGUUGAGGAGUCACUCAGUGGUUCUUACCUGUGAGGUUUCUGAAGUAACUGAUUCAGUGACGCUAGUCUGGCUCAGGAUGGAGGGGAACAGAGGAGUGCUGGUCAAAAAACAAAUUAUGACUGAGAACAACUACAUGUUACGUCUCACAGUGAUUCUAGCCAGCUAUGAAACGGACUGGCAGUGUGCAGUUUUUACUGAGAAUACACUCAGAGCUCUGGCCCCUAUAACAAUCAGUCUUACCUCAUCAAAUACAAAUGCUCCAACAGAAAGCUCAUCUAUAACAAACCAAGAAGACACCAUGACAAAGGACAGUCAUCUACAAAUCGAGAUCAUCGUGGCUUGUGUUGUUACUGUCAGUGUGCUGAUUCUGCUGGGACUUUUAGUUUUUAAAUGUCAGCGAAAAACAGAUGAAGGUCACGUCACUGGAUUCAAAUCACAAGAAGAUGAGGACAUCCAUUAUGCUUCAGUGACAGUAGCAGGAUCUAGUCAUGGUAAAACAGACAUUUAA